GUUGACAGAAGGAAAACUUCAAUCACGAUCUAGUUAGUCAAAUUUAGUCUAUCUUCUUGCUUGUGGAAGUUGGACCAUGUUGGGCGCAGUAGCAAGAGUAAGUUCCAGCCUUUUGGCUGGAAAAUCAAUCGAAAAAGUUGGUGCCGAAUCCCUGAAAGUUAUCUCCUCUUACAACGUACAAAAAAGGGAUUUCGCUGCCAAAGCGGCCGCCGCGAAGGUCCAAGGAAAGGUCGUCGCCGUAAUCGGUGCCGUCGUCGACGUCCAAUUCGACGAUGAAUUACCGCCCAUCCUAAAUGCCUUAGAGGUGCAGAACAGGCAGCCGAGGCUAGUCCUCGAGGUCGCCCAGCACUUGGGAGAGAACACCGUACGUACCAUUGCUAUGGACGGUACGGAAGGUCUCGUCCGUGGCCAACAAGUCAACGACACCGGGUACCCCAUUCGUAUUCCGGUAGGAGAAGCCACUUUGGGUAGGAUCAUGAACGUUAUUGGCGAACCCAUCGACGAGAGAGGUCCCAUUGAUACCGAUAAGAGGGCCUCGAUCCACGCUGAAGCUCCUGAAUUCGUUGACAUGAGUGUCGAACAGGAGAUUCUCGUCACUGGAAUUAAGGUAGUAGAUCUUCUGGCCCCCUACGCAAAGGGAGGUAAAAUUGGUUUGUUUGGAGGUGCCGGUGUAGGAAAAACUGUAUUGAUUAUGGAGCUGAUUAACAACGUAGCCAAAGCCCACGGAGGUUACUCUGUAUUUGCUGGUGUAGGAGAACGUACUCGUGAAGGAAACGAUUUGUACCACGAAAUGAUAGAGUCUGGUGUAAUUUCCUUGAAGGAUAAGACAUCGAAGGUAGCUCUCGUGUACGGUCAAAUGAACGAGCCCCCAGGCGCUCGUGCCCGUGUAGCUUUGACCGGAUUAACUGUAGCCGAAUAUUUCCGUGAUCAAGAGGGACAAGAUGUGUUGCUUUUCAUCGACAACAUUUUCAGAUUCACCCAAGCCGGUUCCGAAGUAUCUGCUCUGUUGGGUCGUAUCCCAUCAGCCGUAGGUUACCAACCGACUUUGGCCACCGAUAUGGGUAGUAUGCAGGAGCGUAUUACCACUACCAAAAAGGGUUCCAUUACCUCUGUACAGGCUAUCUAUGUACCGGCUGAUGACUUGACGGAUCCCGCUCCUGCUACCACAUUCGCUCACUUGGACGCCACCACUGUAUUGUCCCGUGCUAUUGCUGAGUUGGGUAUCUACCCGGCCGUAGAUCCUUUGGAUUCUACCUCGCGUAUUAUGGACCCUAACAUCAUUGGUGCCGAGCAUUACAAGGUAGCUCGUGACGUGCAGAAGAUUUUGCAAGAUUACAAAUCUUUGCAGGAUAUUAUUGCUAUUUUGGGUAUGGAUGAAUUGUCUGAAGAUGACAAGCUAACUGUCGCCCGUGCUCGAAAAAUCCAACGUUUCUUGUCGCAGCCUUUCCAAGUUGCUGAAGUUUUCACCGGUCAUGCUGGAAAGCUCGUACCUCUUGCGGAAACCAUUAAGGGAUUCCAAAAGAUCCUCUCUGGUGAAUUGGAUCAUUUGCCAGAAGUAGCUUUCUACAUGGUUGGACCCAUCGAAGAGGUUGUUCAAAAGGCGGAGAAAUUAGCUGAAUCCACAUAAAAAUGUUGAGUUUUAUAUAUUUAUUUCGCAUUUGUUCCAUCAGUAAAAUACAGAGAAGACAUUAUACAUACAUACAGCAUGUUUAUACUCCACAAUAGCCAGAAAUUUUUAUAUAAUUUGUUCUAUCCUGUACUCCAUCAAGGGAUUUAUUUGUUGUAAGUACUUUUAAUUAUUAAAAUAAAAUAGAUCU